AGGCGGGCGGGCUGCGAGGGGCGGGCCUUAGCGGCUUGGCGCGCUUGUGCAAGGGGCGGGACGGCGGCGUGCUGCGUCGUUUUUUUCAACCGUUAGGCGGGUAAGUGCUCAGCAACCCGGCCCAGUCGCUGUCUGCAGAGCAAAACCGCGAGGUUUAGUCUGUGAGUCCAGUCAUGGCGCUGCAGCUCGCCCGGGAGCAGGGCAUCACUUUGCGCGGGAGUGCCGAGAUCGUGGCCGAGUUCUUCUCAUUUGGCAUCAACAGCAUUUUAUAUCAGCGUGGUAUAUAUCCAUCUGAAACCUUUACUCGAGUGCAGAAAUAUGGACUCACCUUGCUCGUGACUACUGAUCCUGAGCUCAUAAAAUACCUCAAUAACGUGGUGGAACAAUUAAAAGAUUGGUUGUACAAGUGUUCCGUUCAGAAACUUGUAGUAGUCAUCUCAAAUAUUGAAAGUGGUGAAGUCCUUGAAAGAUGGCAGUUUGAUAUUGAGUGUGACAAGACUGCAAAAGAUGACAGUGCUCCCAGAGAAAAGUCUCAGAAAGCUAUCCAGGAUGAAAUUCGUUCUGUGAUCAGACAGAUCACAGCUACAGUAACAUUUCUUCCAUUAUUAGAAGUUUCUUGUUCAUUUGACCUCCUGAUUUAUACAGACAAAGAUUUGGUUGUACCUGAAAAAUGGGAAGAGUCGGGACCACAGUUCAUUACCAAUUCUGAGGAAGUCCGUCUUCGUUCAUUUACUACUACAAUCCACAAAGUAAAUAGUAUGGUGGCCUACAAAAUCCCUGUCAAUGACUGAGGAUGAGAUGAGGGAAGUAAUGUAAUGGAAAAAAUUCUCAAAUGUGGUUUUCCUGAAACCAAGUCAACUAUAGUUGAUGUUUUAUUUCACUGGUUAAUUUUUCGAUGGGAAAAACCAACAUUAUACUUUAAUGAACUGUGCAUAAUUGUUUCAUUUUUUAAAGUGCCUGUUUGACUUACCAUCGGGCUAACAUGAGGAUACUGCACAUUGUUCAUGAGGAACCAAUAGAUUUCAUCAGUAUUGUAAGGGGAAUUCCUUUGAAAGUGGUGAUUGUAGAUGGAAAGUCUUUUGGUAUAAAGUUACUCAUCUUGGUUAAAUAUUAAGCUGGAUAGAGAGAUUUGAUAAAACAAGGAAAGUGAAAAUUCAGAAUCCUUGUUUAGAUCCUGAAAGUACUAAAGUUGCUUUUUGUCACUUUAUUAUAUAGUUCCAAUAUAGAAAAAAUUUGUAAUUAUUUGAUUUUUAAUUUAUAUAACUCAAACCCAUAAAGCAAUGGAGGUUUGUAUUGUUUAAUUGCUAUAAAUGUGUAAAUGUUAAAAAUGUUUUUAAAAAUCAAGCUUUUAAUGACAAUGAUGAAAUAAAGUUAAAUCUUUUAUGUUUUAAAUUUGUCUUAAAAUAAUUUGAUAUUCAUAUGAUAUUAACAGG